AAAAGCAAUAUAUGCUUCUUCUUGCAUGCUCUCUAUAGGUAGUAGCACAAGACAUAAGUAGCCAGCUAGCUAUAAGCAAUUCUAUCGUCUUUGCCUUGGGAGCAACUAGCUAGGAGAGGCCGGCCAUGGAGGAGCUAGAUGUAUCAGCUGUGCUUCAGAGCAAGUAUUGGCACGACAACUUCGGGGAGGAGCUCAUGAGUGACCUUCUCGACGAGACGUCCAAGGGGGAGGAGCUCAUGAGUGACCUCCUCGACGAGACGUCCAAGGGGGAGGAGGAGGAGGAGGGGCCUCGGCACCGGCGGGAGUCGAUGGUGAACAAGCUCAUCUCGACGGUCUACUCCGGCCCCACCAUCAGCGACAUAGAGAGCGCGCUCUCGUUCACUGGCGCCGGCGAUCAGCUCGUCGUCGACGGCCGCAACUACAACUCCAGCCCGGUGGUUUUCUCCCCGGAGAAGGUAUUGAGCAAGAUGGAGAACAAGUACACGCUGAAGAUCAAGACAUCUGGGAAUAAUGGGCCUGCAGAAGAUGGAUACAAAUGGAGGAAAUACGGCCAAAAAUCCAUCAAGAAUAGCCCCAACCCAAGGAGCUACUACCGGUGCACGAACCCUCGGUGCAACGCCAAGAAGCAGGUGGAGCGCGCCAUGGACGAGCCGGACACCCUCGUCGUCACCUACGAGGGCCUCCACCUUCACUACACCUACUCCCACUUCCUCCAUCACCACCAGCAGCAAGGAGGAAGCCUUAGCGUCCCAAAGAAGCCGAAGCUGCACCCCCGCUGCCCACCCAUCUCACCAGAUCACAUCCACAUCCCGACAUCUCUGCUGGAUCUCGAUGGCCCGGAACCGGAAGUAGCUCCGGCCAUGGUCACCGGCGGCAGCCAGGUCGUGCAUGCGGUGGCUGCAGGUGGUGACAGCAGUGAGCAUGUGGUUCCACCAGCUUGCUACUUUGAUGAUGGAUUGGUGUUCCAAGAAUUUCAUGACGAGGAGCAGCAGACCAACAACGGGCUCCUGGAAGACGUGGUGCCGCUGCUGGUCCGGCGGCCGUGCAGCUCGGGGGCGACCACUGCCUCCAGCUCGUCGCCGUCCCCCUCCGCGUCAUCCGUCUCAUGGAACCAGCAGGCCACGUCGCCCUACAUCGAUAUGGCCAUACUCUAGCUCCAACAUCUUCUAGAUGCAUGUAGGCAACCGUACCUAAGCAUGCAGAUGGCUGCAUUAAUCUGCAUGAAGAACAUGUGUGUGUGUAUUCAAAUUAAUCUGCAUGAAGAACAUGUGUGUGUGAGAGAGAGUAUAGUAUACUGUAGAUGCAUAAGGUAUUUCCAAUACGCGCGUCCAGUGAGAAUCUCCUCCCUGGGAGACAUGUGUGGUAUUUCCAAUAAGCUAUAUCCUACAUAUAUUGUUGCCUUGCA